CUUCUGAAUUUAGUUGUUUUUUAUUAGAAGGUCGUCAAUAUAUCACGUAGUUAACUUUUAGUAAAAUACCUUCUGAUUUUUAUAAUAAAAAGCAAAUUUAAUGUUUUAUAAGUAAAAAAGUAACUACACUUGUAAGUUAUUAACUAAUAUGAUUGAUGUUUUUUUUUGGGAACUCUUUUCUAAUAUUUUUAUUAUUUUAACAUCAGCAGACCAAAUUAAUAUUAUUAGAGCAAUAACAAAACGCUUUAAAGGGUUGUCAUACUUUACAACUUUCUACUAGAUUUAAAAUAUUUUGUUUAAAGUGAGAUAAAAAUAGGUUUCAUGUUAUAUAAAAAUUAUAUCCAAGUAGUAUACGUAUUAUAAAAAAAAUGUGGUAUAAAGCACCUUUUUUAUUAUAAGAAUUUCAUAUACUGAUAAUUUUUAAUCAAAAUAGAAUGAAAAUCAUGUCUAUAGUUCUAGUUAGCAAAAAGUGACAUAGUAGUUCUUUCAUAUUAUUUUUGAGCAACAUUGUUUCUGACGUUUGCUGUCAAACAUGAUUUAUAAAAAGUGUUUGUAGAUUUCGUCCUUUUUGAGAAAUCAUAAAAAAGUCAUAAAGGAAGAUAAUAUUUCAUCAAGACAUGAUUAAUUAACACUGUUACAUAAAUAGCUGAUCUUAGUAUACCAUAUACAAGUAAAUAUUUAUCACUAACAUUGCCGUAGAUGUUGUUUUUUUUGUUUAGUAUUUCUGACGAUCGAUUUAAAAACAAGUUUAUGACCGAGUGCUGUCGUGUUUGUGUUGUUUAAUUUGUUUUUUACGUGAUAUUUUCAUUACAUUGAAAUAGUUAAUUUAUGGUAUGUCUUGAUAUAUUUAAUUAGAAUUUUUUAGUCAUGGACCAAAAUGAAGAAAACACAGAGAAUCCGGAAAAGACGGAUAAAGAUGAGACUACUAAAGGUGAUAAAAAAUCCGAGGAACCUGAAAAUCCAGUAAUAUCUGAUAAUACCAUUGAAGAAGUUGUAAUAAAGUGUGAUGUCAUAGAAAUCUCGGAUGAAGAGGAGGAAGUACCACAAAAGAAACGUCGAAGAAAGAAGGUUUCCAACAAGGUUCAUCAAUGUGAGGUAUGUGAGAAGACCUUCCAAACGGGCUAUGAACUGAAGAAGCACCACCGUACCCACACUGGAGAACGUCCUUACAUGUGCACCACAUGUGGGAAGACAUACACACAACUAGGACACCUCAGCAUACAUCAAUUAUCACACAAAGGCAUAAAGAACUUCAACUGUGUCGAGUGCGGCUCCUCGUUCUACCGUAAGGCCGAUUUAGACAGACACGAGAAGGCUCACCGGGGCAUCAAACCUCACACAUGCGAAAUAUGCUCCAAGAGUUUCACACAGAAGAACAAUUUAGUUAUGCACAUAAAAAUGCACAUAGGUGACAGGAGGUAUGAAUGCGAGGUAUGCAAGAAACGAUUCAUGACUAGGAGUAAGCUAACAUUACACUCUAAGAGGCAUGAUAAAAUUAAGAAAUGUCAGACGGGUCAGCUUAUGGGGCUCAUGUCUAAUGUUUAUAGUGAAUGAAAGUUAGGACAGCUCCUAAUAUUAUGUUAAUAUACAGUUAUUAUGUUAAAAUGGAAUGGAACAUAAAGGUUUCAUUAUUAUUGUCAAUAGAUGGCUCUGAUUUCAGUUUUCAUGCUAAGAAGAAAACGAACGUCAUCUUGUUAUUAAAUGUCAAAGGGCGAUAUUUUGAUUUUAAUAUUUUAUUUCUUUAAAAUGUUAUUGGAGGAAUAUAAUCAAUGGAUUUUUGGAUUGGUUUAUAUGUAAUAUAAUUUUAAUGGGUGGACAGGACCGUUAUGAACCGUUUUUGCUCACCAUGACAUUAACGGUAACCAACAAUAAUUGUCUUGUAAAUUUUUCCACUACCUGUUUCCGCGAGAUACAAUGUCAGUUAAAAUGUAAUUGAAAUUCAUUGUAAAAUUUUGUAUAUGAUAAUUGUAAAGAAAAAAAGUAAUAUUCAAACGGAUAUUAACAUUUGUCAAUGUUUGAGAAAAAAAUGUGUAUUUUGUUUUUAAUUCUGUUGUAGUAAAAUCAUGAGUUUU